AUGGAGACGCCACAGUACCCCGAAGACGUGCUCCAGUUAAGCUCUCUCGUGUCACAAAAUGCCUCGACAGCACAGCAGCUUUACACGCGGGGGCCGUCAUCGACAUCGGCUAGCACGACGACCGCCAAGCGGCAGAAGCUCGAAGACGCGUUCGAAGACCCCAUCAUGAAGCGGCGAUUUCAGUACGAGUUUUCCGACGUGCAGACGCUCCCGGAGUCAAUCGCGUCCAAGCAGCCCGGGAAGCCAGGCAAGAAGAAGGCGGCAGCAGGGGGCAAUGCCGGUGCCCUGGUCAAGAGGGGGGGACGGCCCCAGAAGUUGCUCGAGGGGCCCGGUGGCUCGGCGGCGGCGAUAGCCAUCGGUGCAGACGGCGCCGGGAGUGCCGGGAGUGCCGGUGGACAGCAGCAACUCACAACGGGGAGGACGUCACACGUCCAGCAGCCGAAGCCGGAGUGGCACCCGCCAUGGAAGCUGAUGCGCGUCAUCUCGGGCCACCUGGGCUGGGUGCGCGCCCUGGCGGUGGAGCCGGGCAACAAGUGGUUCGCGAGCGGCGCGGGCGACCGGACCAUCAAGAUCUGGGAUAUGGCGACGGGGUCGCUGAAGCUGACGCUGACGGGCCAUAUCAGCACGGUGCGCGGGCUGGCCGUCUCACCGCGGCACCCGUACCUCUUCUCGUGUGGCGAGGACAAGAUGGUCAAGUGUUGGGACCUCGAGACCAACAAGGUCAUCCGUCACUACCACGGCCACCUGAGCGGCGUCUACACCCUGGCUCUGCACCCGACCCUCGACGUGCUCGUCACCGGCGGCCGCGACGGCGUCGCCCGCGUCUGGGACAUGCGCACCCGCUCCAACAUCCACGUCCUCUCCGGCCACACCGGGACCGUCGCCGACCUCGUCUGCCAGGAAGCUGACCCUCAGGUCAUCACCGGCUCCCUCGACUCUACCGUCCGCCUCUGGGACCUCGCCGCGGGUAAGACUAUGGGUGUCCUCACUCACCACAAGAAGGGCGUCCGCGCCCUCGCCACGCAUCCGACCGAGUUCACCUUUGCCACGGGCAGCACGGGCAGCAUCAAGCAGUGGAAGUGCCCCGAGGGCGCCUUCAUGCAGAACUUUGAGGGUCAGAAUGCCAUCAUCAACACCCUCAGCGUCAAUCAGAACAAUGUCUUCUUCUCAGGAGGCGACAAUGGCUCUAUGGGCUUCUGGGAUUGGAAGACGGGCCACCGCUUCCAGUCUCUAGAUACAACUGCUCAGCCUGGAUCGCUUGACGCCGAAGCCGGCAUCAUGAGCUCCACGUUUGAUCGCUCCGGCUUACGUCUCAUCUGUGGUGAAGCCGACAAGACGAUUAAAAUCUGGAAGCCCGACGAGAAGGCCACGCCAGAGACGCACCCUCUCGAAUGGACGCCGUCGCUCGCAUACCGCAAGUUUUAA